AUGCCUAUUUUCAACUCACCCUCGCUCAUUCUUUCUCUUUUGGCGGGUCUAUCGACUGCUGCAGCCACAGCAUCGACGUCCCGAGGCUGGGAGUUUGUCCAGAAUGGGACCUCUGGUAUCCUCGCAAUUGAAAUGACAAUUGUCUCCCCGACCCUCGCCCUCCUCUAUGACUUGUCGGGUACUGGCGCGCCAUUGCAGAUUAACAACCACUCGGCUUGGGGGGCCUUGUACGACCUCGAGACAAACAAGGUCGCUCCAAUCGAUGUGAAGUCCGACACGUUCUGCGCGUCGGGAGCCAUCCUCAGCAACGGUAGCAUGGUCAGCGUAGGCGGUAAUUGGAUUCCAGGCUUCUCAACCGGCAGCAACGGGCUCCAGGGUUUGCGGAUAUUCGAGCCCUGCAAAACUUCUGACGGCCACGGCUGCACAUUAUUCGACAACCCGGCUACUGUCCACCUCGCUGUUCCACGUUGGUACCCGUCAUCCGCCAGACUAUAUGAUGGCUCGCUCAUUAUUGCUGGCGGUUCACUCAACUUCUCUCUUUUCUACAACGAGUUCCCCGAAAACUCUUUCGAAUUCUUCCCCAAGAAAGACCAUGGAGCUGUUCGACCCUCUCCGUUCUUAAAACGCGGUGGACCAGCAAACAUGUUCCCUCGCAUCUUUGCGCUGCCAGAUGGCACAGUCUAUAUGCUUGCCGGGAAUCAAUCGAUCAUAUAUAACGUCGAUACUGGGAAGGAAACCAGGCUACCAGACCUUCCCAACGGCGUCAAAGCGACCAACCCCUUUGACGGGACUGCGCAGCUUUUGCCUCUCUCCCCUCCCAACUACACACCCGAGGUGCUCGUCUGUGGCGGCUCUGACAAGAGCGACUUGAUCCCCCCGAUCAAGUUGUCCAGCCAGGACCCUGCUUCUCACCAAUGUAGUCGCAUCACUCUCACUCCCGCUGGAAUCAAGAAAGGAUGGGUCGUCGAGCGUAUGCCUGAGGCUAGGAUGCUUCCCGAGAUGCUCAUUCUACCAACCGGAGAGCUCAUCAUCAUUAAUGGCGGACAAACGGGCUACUCCGCAUUCUCGAGCAACUUGACGUCCAUCAGCGACCCCGUCGGCAACUCCAACUCUGACAACCCAAACUUCACCCCCACGCUGUAUGACCCGAAUGCGCCCGUUGGACAACGGAUGAUCAAGAAGGGCCUCCCAGCAUCCAAGAUCCCUCGGAUGUACCACUCUACAGUUUCGUUGACACCUUCUGGCAACUUCAUGAUUGCGGGAUCAAAUCCCAACCUGAACGUCAACACCACCGUCAAAUAUGCGACUGAGUUCCGCGUGGAGCAUUUGAAUCCGCCAUACAUGUCGCUGGAACGGCCCGUGCUUUCCCAUGUGCCAAGCAAGGUGGCGUUCAACACACAAUUCAGCGUCCAAAUCAACCUCCCGAAAGGCGCGGGUAUCUUCCCGACUGUCAAAGUUGCCCUGAUGGACCUUGGAUUCUCAUCGCAUGCCUUCCACUCGAGCGCACGCUUGGUUUACCUUGAUGCGAAGCUCGAUUCGGACCACAAAACCCUCCACAUCACCAGCCCGCCCAACAACAGGGUCUAUCCCCCUGGUAUUGGGUACAUCUACGUCACAGUCGCAGACACAUAUGUGAGCAAAGGUGCUCAAGUCAUGAUUGGGUCGGGUGCCUCUCCACCAGUUCCCGAUCAAGGGAAAAAAAUCAGCUUUGAAACCAUUAACUGA